GUUUUGACCACAAGUUUAUGGUUUUGACGUUUCUAAAAAAAUCUAACCUAAAAGUAGCUGUAUCUUGAUAUUUGUUAAAAUUAUGGGAAAUGAACAAUCCCAGCUUGCAGGUUUGGAUAUAGAAGAAAAAGCAGUAGAAGUUUCUGACUUUUGGUCCCAGCAUUCUGCAAUAAUAUGUAAUUCUGAGAGUACAACUAGCUUGACAGUGUUUACUGGAGAAUUAUUAGUCAGUAGUAAGUGGUCCAACCAAACCCCUUUAGAAAAAAAUAGUAAAAAUUUGAUGAUAUAUCGUCAUCCAUGUAUUCUGAAAUACAUAUCUUCAUGGUCAAAAAAUUCCAAGUUUUACCUAGUAGUAGAGGAAGUUAAACCAUUAAACCAAAUACUAGGUACCCUUAACAAUUUACAAAUAUGCAUUGGAUUACAUUCCAUUUUAAAAGCUCUGUGUUUUUUACAUGAAACAGCAAGUGUUUCACAUAAUAACAUAUGCAGCAGUGCUAUUUUUGUUAGUUCCAAUGGUAACUGGAAGUUAGGAGGCAUGGAAUAUUUAUGCAAAUUUUCCGAUGUUACCAGUGAUUUUUUAAACAAAUCCAAUUCAAGUAGAUACAAUAAGGCAAUAGAUCCUGAUGAGGUAAAAAAUAUGCAAAACAACUUGGAUAGGAAGGAUGCUAUAGAUGUUUAUGCUUUUGGGGUUAUGGCUUGUGAAUUGUUAAAGGCCAAAAAUGAUGAUUCCUUACCAUCUCUUUCAGUAUUCUUAAGUUUGUGUAAAAACAGCUUACAAAACAAUGCCAUUGCCCAAAGACCAAAACUAAGUACUUUGUUAAACCAUGAAUUUUUUAACCAUGAGUUUAUUUCUAUACAUUCCUGUUUAAUUGUUUUGGCUUUAAAAUCUGAUGAUGAAAAAGCAGAAUUUUUCUCCACUCUAGGAGACAGAUUAAAAGGCUUUAAUGAAAUAACAGUAGCAAAACAAUUAACUGGACUUUUGCUAUCAAGAAUGGUUUUGCUAAGCAAAAGUGCCAGUACCGAUUUUUUACCAAUUUUCUUGAAUCCAAGGAAAGAAGGGGAAGACCAGUCCAAAGGAUUGUUUACUCUGGAAACGUUUAAGAAAUACGUUUCUCCUAUUUUAAUAAGUAUUUUUUCUGUUAGGGACGCUCAAAUAAGGUUGUUGUUGCUAAAUAAUUUUCACAACUUUAUGGACACUUUUACCAGGGACGAGUUAAAGUCAAAAAUUUUACCUGAGCUAUUGCUUGGCAUAAAAGACACUAGUGAUCACCUAGUAUCGGUAACCCUAAGGACCCUAGCCGACCUAGUUCCUGUACUUGGUGCAUCAACUGUGAUAGGCGGCAAACGUGCCAAAUUCUUCAACGACGGUCGCCCGAUUACUCAUCCGUUGCGUAAAAUGUCACGCAAUGUUAAAAAGCAAGAGAACGUCAUAGAAACGGACGUUACGUCAAUAACUUCGAUUGACUCGCAAUUUGCCGGGGUGGAUUUAUCAGAAAGACAAAUGCCGGACGGAGAGGAGGGGGAAACUUCGACCGAGGAGAUCGAGCAUAGCGUGGAUGGAGGGGAUUUGGAUAACUGGGAGGAUUGGGAUGUUGAGAACCCGCAAAAUCAACAUUCAAAUAAUUUAGAGGAAUUUGGGACUGAACAAAUUAAUUUAUCACCUCACAUUGAGGUGGAACCAUUGGGAGAAAACAUUCCCGUAGAAAGUACUGAUAUUCAUAAUGCUAGAAAAAUAAGUACCAAACAAAUAGUAGAUAUAACAGACUUAGAUAUUAAAAAUCAAUUAACAGAAGAUUUAAAUGACGAAUUUAAUUUUUUCCAAGACAUGGAACCUAUCAUAGAGAGUACCAAUAAAUUUGUUAUUCCUGAAGAAAAAGAACCAGAACUUAGUGAGUUAAGUAGUAAAUUAACUUUAAAUGCUACUGAUGUUGGAGAGGAAGGCUGGGGAGAGGAGGAUUGGGAGUAA